AUGAAUAUACAGGAACUCCCCUGGGAGAACCACAGUGCUGUGUCUGAGUUCAUCCUUUUGGGAUUCUCCAGAGAUUCCCAAAUUAAUGCAAUCCUCUUCUACAUCUUCCUCUUUGUCUACCUCUCUACACUUGUUGGCAAUGGGCUCAUUGUCACCCUGAUUCACCUGGACUCCCGCCUCCACACUCCCAUGUACUUCUUCCUCAGUGUCCUCUCCAUGCUGGACAUGAGCUAUGUCACCACCACUGUGCCCCAGAUGUUGGUGCAUCUGGUCAGCCAGAAGAAAACUAUCUCCUAUGUUGGGUGCGUGGCUCAGAUGUACUUCUUCCUGGUGUUUGGCAUCAGUGAGGGCUGGCUCUUUUCUGUCAUGGCCUAUGAUAGGUAUGUGGCCAUAUGCUACCCACUCAGGUACAAACUUAUCAUGAGUCCAUGGCUGUGUGGUGCAAUGGUGGUCUUUUGUGGACUUUGGGGUGUCACUUGUUCCCUUGUCUACACAGUCUUCACCAUGUGCCUGCCCUACUGUGGCCCCAAUGAGAUCAACCACUUCUUCUGUGAAGUUCCUGCUGUCCUGAAGCUGGCUUGUGCAGACACAUCCUUCAAUGACCAGGUCGAUUUCAUCCUGGGCUUCAUCCUUCUCCUGGUACCCCUUUCCUUCAUUCUUUCUUCUUAUGUCUGCAUCUUUGCCACCAUCUUGAGAAUCCAUUCAGCCCAGGGUCGACUCAAGGCCUUCUCCACCUGUGUAUCCCACAUAACUGUGGUCACCAUGUUCUGUGGACCAGCCAUGUUUAUGUACAUGAACCCUGGAGCCAAUGCCUCCCCAGAGCGGGACAAAAAACUGGCCCUGUUCUACAAUGUCAUCUCUGCCUUCCUCAACCCCAUCAUCUAUAGUCUCAGAAACAAAGAUGUAAAGAGGGCUUUUCUCAAGGUAACAGGCUUGGGCAAGACCCCUGAGUGA